AUGGAACAAUAAAAGAAAACUAUGAAGGCACUAGUCUUAGAAGAACCUAAAAAGCCUAUUGUAUUUAAAGAAAUUGAAAUACCUACACCAAAAAGUGGCUAAGUAUUAGUUAAAGUUGAAUCUGCCCCUAUUAAUCCAUCUGAUCUUGCCUUCUUAUAAGGUCAUUAUUCAUCUAAUAAAGGAUACCCCUGCGUCCCAGGCUUUGAAGGAUCAGGUGUUGUUAUAUCAAGUGGAGGCGGAAUAUUAGGAUGGAGCUUAGUAGGCAAAAGAGUUGCUAUUGCUGCUUAAACACAAUGGGGUACUUAUGCAGAGUACUGUGUAGCCGAUGCUAAUAGCGUUUUACCUCUUCCUGAUGAAGUUAGUUUUAAUUAAGGUGCUUGUACUUUUGUUAAUCCACUUACCGUCAUAGCAAUGUUACAAAUUGUAUAAGAAGCAAAUGUUAAAACUGUUGUUCAUUCAGCAGCUGCAUCUGCUUUAGGUAAAAUGAUGGUAAGAUAUUUCUAGGAUAAUGGAGUAUAAGUAAUUAAUGUAGUUAGAAGAGCAGAGCAAGUAGAAAUAUUAAAAAAAGAAGGAGCAUAACAUAUUCUUGAUUCUACCUAAGAAGAUUUCGAUGAAAAACUUAAGGCUCUUUGCACAAGCUUAAAUGCUACUAUAUUCUUCGAUGCUGUUGCAGGUGAAUUAACUGGAAGAGUUUUGAGAUGCAUGCCAAAUAAGUCUACUGUUUAUGUUUAUGGAGGUCUUUCUCUUUCAGGAAGCGUUUUAGACCCAUCUGAUCUUAUAUUUAGAAAAUAAACAGUAACAGGUUUCUGGCUUACUGAAUGGCUUAAGAAUAAGAACAUUGUGUCAUUGUUAUUUUUAUUAAAAAAACUAAAAGGUCUUCUUUUGAGUUAGCUUAAAACAGAUAUCUAAAGAGAAGCUUGUUUAGAAGAAGGAAUAAAUGCAGUUAAAUUUUACACUUCUAACAUGAGCAAAGGCAAGGUUGUAUUCAAGCCUUAAAACAGAUAAGAAAAGCAAAAUGAAUGA